UAUAGUGAAUGCAGGGUCCGGGGAGAGCAGAUAUAGUGAAUGCAGGGUCUGGGGAGAGCAGAUAUAGUGAAUGCAGGGUCUGGGGAGAGCGGAUAUAGUGAAUGCAGGGUCUGAGGAGAGCGGAUAUAGUGAAUGCAGGGUCCAGGGAGAGCGGAUAUAGUGAAUGCAGGGUCCGGGGAGAGCGGAUAUAGUGAAUGCAGGGUCCGGGGAGACAGGAUAUAGUGAAUGCAGGGGUCUGGGGAGAGCGGAUAUAGUGAAUGCAGGGUCCGGGGAGACCGGAUAUAGUGAAUGCGGGGUCCGGGGAGAGCGGGAUAUAGUGAAUGCAGGGUCCGGGGAG